GCCAUUCAGUAGAAGUUUCUGAAAAAAGCACCUGAAACUGCAUUGUGGAAACACCUCUCUGCCUUUUGAUCUAAUCCAACGAUCAAUCCUAGAGCACUGGGGGCCAUUGCCCUCAAAUACCAACAUGAUGUGCAUGAAGCUCCAAGACCCAAGCCAUGUGCAGCAUCCAUGCUGCCGCAAGGGACGCCAGCAUCCUGAACACGCAGGAGGAGCUCCUCCACUCUCCGGCAUGGUUUGCAACUUCCUCUACGAGAUGGGCAAGACGUUUCACCUGACUCUAGAAAGAGCUCCUGAGUAUAUUUCUUCAGGUCCUGUUCUCUGGGACUACUACAGCUGAAAUGUGUUGGAAUAAGAAAUAGAGAUUUGGGGGGAGGGUGGCAAAUAAAUUUUUGUCGCUUAGAAAAUUAGCUCCUAAGGCUCUCCUGAAUACGGAUCAGAUGGGAUUUCUGAGGGCUGGGCGUCCGCCUUUGUUAGCAGGAUGAUUGCAGAGGUCACAUUUGUGGACCUGGUCUGGGGAAAUGCAUUCUGAAAAACUCCCUAAAGAAACAAAUCGUAGUCUGGGACAUCACAGGAUAUUAGGUGAUAGUUUUAGGCCAGCUACAGGACUGAUCCCUGUCCCUGUAUUUCUCUUCAGGCCUAAAUUAAUUAGCAUUUCAUAAAUUAGUCAGUACUCAUCCAUCAAUAGAUAACGCAUGUGACAGGGGGACAGAAACCAGCUCUCCAGGCUUGCACAUUUGUACUAACUGGGUGGAAGGAUGGCAAUGCUCUUUCUGUGGGACGUGAAGAGGAGGCAGUGCCUUCUCCCUAACUGUCAUUUUCUUACCUGCUGCACAGAUUUAUUGAGCUAAGAGAAGAAACGGGUCCUGUGAGAGAGAGCCUGAGAGGCUGGAGUGAAGCUCGUCACCUCCAUCCUCGGUUCAGAGCAAGGGCUGGCCUCUGGGCUGAUCUGAUCGGCUGCAGUCACUCACUGGUCCUGGGACCUGGUACGUUGCCUGCGCCUCAGGCUCUUCAUCUACAAAGUAAAGAUGGCAGUGUUUCUUUCUACAACGUGUGACUGUGAGCGUUCAGUGCAGAACCUGCGUAAGUGACUAGCCCAGGGUAAGCGCUGCAAAAAUACUUGCCCAGACCUACCACCCAUGUAUGUCCGUGUCCUUUCUUCUUUGACAAAGCUCAGGGAGAAUUUAUCUGAAGAAAGCAAUGUAUUAACAAAGCACAGUGACUGAGGAUGUUGGCCCCUGAGCAGACUGCCUGUGUUUGAAUCCCUCUCUGAAAACUACCAAUUAGUGAGCCUAGACUAAUUAUAUAACCUCUUUGUUUCAACCUCAGUUUCCUCAUCUGUAUGCUAAGUAUAAAAAACCUCACAAGAGGUUGACUGAGAGAAUUAUAUGCUAUAAUACAGGUAAUUGUUUAGCACAGGGCCUGACAUGUGGUAGGUCCUUGACAGAUAUAAGCCUUUAAAAAAAAACAAAACUAGAUAUAAAAGUUCUUUUUUAAAAAUUGAGAUAAAAUUCACGUAAUAUAAAAUUAAUUGUUAACUAUUUUAAAGUAUACAAUUCAGUGAUAAUUAGUAUAUUCACAAUGUUGGUAAGCAUCACUUCUGUCUGGCUCCAAGACAUUUUCAUCACCCCAAAAGGAAAACCUAUUCUCGUUAAGCAGUUAAUCCCCACACAGCCCUCCCUCAAGCCUCUGGCAACCACAAGUCUGCCUUCUGUCUCUGUAGACUUCCCUGUUCCUGAUGUGUCGUAUAAAUGGGAUAAUACAAUAUGCGACCUUGUGUGUCUGGCUUCUUUCACUUAGCAGAAUAUUUUGGAGGCUCGUGUGUGACUGGAAAUUGACUGAGGGACUGUGCCUCUUCAUUGUGAUCAUUCAAGUCACUUUAUCAAACCUAAAGCUUUUGGCUCGUGCAAAUCAAGCACACCAACCAUAUCUUUGAGACUCAGGUGCGGCCCCUUGGCUGCUACUACCCCAGGAUCCCAUCACUUCCCUCUCUGAGAAGCCCACCAACGAGGAGAGGACCAGAAGUUGCAGCUGGACUUUCUAACUUCAAAUGAAUGUUGAAGGCUCAGAUCCAGAUGUCUGGAUAUUGAUAUAAUAUAAAUAUGUAAGGAUUGCCAUCGGUCUGUGGUUUUGCCGUCCAAGUGGGUCUGUGAAAUCUUGUUAGCUGCAUAAUCACACAAAUAACAUGGCCACUGGAGAGGCUUACCAAGGGUCCCCGAGAAUGUUCCUUCUCAGCCGGGCUACCAGCUGGCAGCCCUGGGGGUCUCUUCCCAUUUUCCGUUCCUUUGCCUCCCCUAUGGCUGAGCUGGCUGUGGCAGCAGAACCAUCCCUGUGGUUGCCCCUCCAGUCUCAGUGCAUUGUUACUGUGACCCAGCACGAGUGGGAGUCUGCAGAUGCCAAGGUCAUACUCUCUGGAAUCAUAGGAUUAACAACUUGGAAACGGCCUAUGAUACUCCUGGUGAACCUCUUCGUGCUGCUCUCUGUGGUGUGUGUCCUCCUGAAUUUAGCCGGAUUUAUCCUAGGCUGCCAGGGGGCCCAGUUUGUGUCCAGUGUGCCCAGGUGUGAUCUGGUGGACUUAGGUGAAGGCAAGAUUUGCUUCUGUUGUGAAGAAUUUCAACCAGCCAAAUGCACAGACAAAGAAAAUGCAUUGAAACUCUUCCCGGUUCAGCCUUGUAGUGCUGUUCACCUUCUACUUAAGAAAGUCCUGUUCGCCCUGUGUGCCUUGAACGCUCUGACGACCACCGUCUGCUUGGUGGCCGCCGCCCUUCGCUACCUCCAGAUCUUCGCAGCCAGAAGAUCCUGCAACGACGAAUCCCAGAUUUCUGCAGAAGAAGUGGAGGAACACAGACGCAUCCCAGACCCCGAUGACUUUGUGCCGCCAGUGCCUCCCCCUUCCUAUUUCGCCACGUUUUACUCGUGCACGCCGCGGAUGAACCGCAGGAUGGUUGGUCCUGAUGUUAUUCCAUUGCCGCACAUCUAUGGGGCACGGAUCAAAGGUGUGGAAGUGUUUUGUCCUCUGGACCCCCCACCUCCCUAUGAAGCUGUGGUGAGCCAGACAGACCAGCAGCAGGGAUCUCCAUUCCAAAUGCCAGAUGGGCCAGAAGCUGCCACCAGCCCAUUGGAACCGAUCUGCAUACCAGUGACUCAGGGUGGGGACAUUCCUAACACACCUGGAGAAGAAAGAGCAUGCCUCUCAACUCCCAACUCAAACCAGACAUGCCCGGCGAGGAGCCGGGGAGCCCUCCAGCCCCUGAGGACGAGAUCCAGGAGUGACCCUGUGCUCCAUCAGUCAGCAGAGAGAGCCGCCCCCGUGCUCAGCUGUGAAGCCGCGACUCAGACGGAGGGGAGACCGGAUCCAACUGCGGUGACCUUGAGGAGAGGGUUGAGAUCCAGAGCUUCGAGAUGCCGACCGAGGUCUUUAAUAGAUUACAAAUCUUACAUGGACACCAAGCUGCUGGUGGCGAGGUUCCUGGAGCAGUCGUCCUGCAGGAUGACCCCGGACAUCCACGAACUUGUAGAAAACAUUAAAUCUGUUUUGAAGUCCGAUGAGGAGCACAUGGAAGAGGCCAUCACGAGCGCCAGUUUUCUAGAACAGAUCAUGGCCCCGACGCAGCCCAGCCCGCCCCAGGCCCAUGUGCUGCCCUCGCGGAGACGGCCUGGCCUGCUGCACCUGCGGAGCUGCGGGGACCUGAGCACCUUUGUCCCGGCGGGGAGGCCGAGAGCCGAGAGGAGGCCGCGGCGAGCGGAGGCUGAGAGGCCGCACAGCCUCAUCGGGGUCAUCCGAGAGACCGUCCUGUGAGGCUGUGGAUCAGGGCCCUCUGAGGAGCAGGCGGAAGGUGGCCCUGGAAGGCAGGGAGCCACUCCCGGGGACAGAUCCCCUCCUUUACCCUGGAGCUUCCUGGCUGGGAAUUGGGGUCCCCCUCUGGGUACCCCUCACAAAGGGGGGUGCUCCACAGAACAUUUAAUCCCUGCUCUUUGUGCCCCUUUCUGCUUGCUGGGGGAACUUGAGGGUUCUUCUGGGCCCAUUUGGCUUUUGGAUGCGCCGAGUUGGGAGUCUGUAAAUGAAGCGGGGUCUCCUCUGCCCAGGUCUGCCCUGCGGUGCAAGAAAUGGCCCGGGACCCUGUGCCCACCAACCCCUCGCGGCCCUCCUCCUCAUGAGCGGGUCCCCUCCCUGGAAGGCAGGUCUGCGGGGCUGCUAUUUAUGGCUGCCUGCGGCCUGUGCUGCCAAAUGAGAGAGGAGCCCGGAAGCAGGAUGAGUAAUGCCAGUAUUCUGCAGUCAAGCCUCCUGUUAGGUCACUUUCAAAUCCCCCUCUCUUUAGGAAAAACAGGAAACGUGUUCCGUGACAGAUUUUAAUGAAAGACAUUUAGGGAGAGAAUUCUUGUUAAUUCCAUUUAUUCAUGCUUGCAAAACUAGAGAUGGCUGAGGCAGAAUUGAGAAUAAAUAUGUUUACCUUGGA